AUGGUUGAAGUAACCCAUGGCGUCUCGGGUACACUUAUCGGUGAAGACUCGUCGCAGUCCCUGACAUCUCCCAAGCUCCACGUUAGCUCUGGUCGUCCAUCUGAUGACCACAUGGCAGCGAUACGUAGAACAGCAGCUUCGAAACGCUCUCUGUUGAAAAUGCGGGCGUCAAGGAGCACUACUAGCCGUAGUCGUUCAGAUCUCUCCUCUUCAAGAGAUGAAUCCAAGAGUCCCAGCUCUCCUGGUUCCUCUGCUGAUGAAGAUCCGAAGCGUUCAAAGGCAGAGAGAUCUUCAAGCGACUCUGAGUGCAGUCCUUCUGAGUCACCAAAAGCUUCUCUAGACGGCCAGAUUAGACCACUCUUCCAGCGUAGGACCAGAAAUCACUCUGCUCCCAUGAUUUUGACACCGAUUGAAAGUUGUGCAACCAAAACUUCAAAUUCACCUGCGAUAGUUUGCGAGCUGUCACGAAUUCCCAAAAAUCGCCUGCAAAAGUUAUUGAAAAGCGAACCCAAUUAUCACCCCAACAAUGCAUUCCUCUACUACGUCGAUCCGACUGUUUUUAUAACUUAA